CCUACAGAUACUUGGACAAGUCCUGACUGCAGCCAGCGAUGCACCUGCUUUAAUGGAGAGGCUCAGUGUGAAGCCUACGGAUGUGGGGAGAAUGAAGAAUGUGAUCUCAGGAACGCUCCCGGUUUCUGCCAGAUCUGGGGUGACCCUCAUUAUGUGACCUUUGACGAUAAGAAAUAUAACUUCCAGGGUGAUUGUGACUACACACUGGUCAGAGAUUGCCAGAAUUCCAGUGAAUAUCACCUGUGGUCCAACAAUGAACGGCUGCGCCCAUCAGAUAGGGUUUCCUACCUUAGAGAGGUUAUUCUGGAAUUGAAAGGCAACAUAUACUCCCUUAUCAAGGGCUUCCAUGUCAGAGUUAAUGGCAUUGAUGUAUCUGAGAACCUGCCCUACAUGGAUAGUGAAGUGUGGAUCUACAGGGAUGUAACCUCAAUGAAUCUGGUAACAGAUUUCUUAUGGGUUAGCUAUGAUGGACAGGGGACAGUAACUUGUGGCUGUGUGGGAUCCUUUGAUGGAGACCGGACCAAUGACCUCAUGCUGCCUUCAGGAGAAAUGGCAAGAUCAGUAACUGAGUUUGGAAACAGCUGGGUUGUGAAUCCCGACCAAUGUGAUGAUGUGGAUCCAGGUCCAACUGAUCCUUGUGACAAUGGAGUGACCAGCCUGGAGGAUGCUGUUGAUCUUUGCUACUACCUUAAGGAUCCUCUUGGACCCUUUGCAUCCUGCCACAGUUAUGUUGACCCUGAUGACCACUAUGAUUCAUGUCUGUAUGAUGUAUGUGAGAUGGAUGAUGAUGCCCUGUGUGCGAGUCUAGAACAGUACGCCCAGGCCUGCAAAAGCAAGGGAGGGAACCCUGGAACCUGGAGAGUGCAUGUACCGGAAUGCCCAUUGGACUGUCCUUCCAACACUGUGUACGACCCCUGCUUCAGUGGCUGUCCAGCAACCUGUUCCUCUGCUACGAGCACAUUGUCCUGCAAUACCACUUGCCAGGAAACAUGUAGAUGUGCAGAUGGUCUUGUACUGGAUGGUGGGCACUGUGUGGAUCCAUCACAGUGUGGUUGCACUCUGGAUAGUGGUGUUUAUAUUCCGUCUGGAGGAGCAUGGACUGACCCAGGCUGCACACAAACACUGCCUUUGUCGAGAGAGAACGAAGAAUGCGAAAUCAGGAACGGUUUUCCAAGCUGUUACUGCAGAGAUGGCUACACCUCUCUCGGAGAUGCCUGCUUCAGAGCUCCUGGGUAUUGCCAGAUCUGGGGUGACCCCCAUUAUGUGACCUUUGACGAUAAGAAAUAUAACUUCCAGGGUGAUUGUGACUACACGCUGGUCAGAGAUUGCCAGAAUUCCAGUGACUACCACCUGUGGUCCAACAAUGAACGGCUGCGCCCAUCUGACAGUGUUUCUUACCUGAGGGAAGUGGUACUUGACCUGAGCGAUAGAAGAUACGCUCUGAUCAAGGGCUUCCAUGUCAGAGUGAAUGGAAGAGAUGUAUCUGAAAACCUGCCUUACAUGGAUGAGCAAGUGUGGAUCUACAGGGAUGUGACAUCCAUGGUAUGUCAUAGAUAAACCCUGUUUUUCAUAUUUAGUAU